GUAAAGUGUUCGAGUGUCAGAUUGUUGGCGCAGACAAUUUUUAAGUGAAUGAGCAUUGGAGUAGAGGGUGCUUCUAGUAGUGUUAAAAAAAUAAAACAAGACUCGGAAUUGUAACUGGGAGUAGAGGUCUUGUUGGACAGAAGGCUCGAGUUUGUUGAAAUAAAGUGAGAUCGCGGUAAAGACUGAAGUUAAGUGUAUUUAGUUUUAGUAUGUUGUGUACAGUAAUAACUUUGGAAGUGGAUAGAAAAAUGGUGAGGCAAGUCUAUUUUAAUGUUUAAAGUUUAGUUGUGUAUUAUAUGCUGGUUACUGUUGACUGUACUCGGAGCUCCGAGUCUAGAUAUCUGAAUCUGAACAUAAAAAGGAGUAGGGGACGAGAAAUAACGAGACGAGGUUGUAUGUAUCUCGAUGAACACGCGCCUCCCUGUGUCAUCGUGUCGUUGUCGUCGUCAUUGUCGUCGUAGCUUGUCACUCUUCUCCACUCGUAACUAUCUAAUAUAACUAUAACUAACUAACUAACUAUCUCAACUGAACACAUCACAUCAGUACGGCAACAACUCGUGCAAAGAAUAUCAAAGUGGUACGAGAGACAUAUAUUGAAGAAUAUAUUCUGCCAGUUCGUUGAUCACACUUUUGGUGGUCGGUUGAUUAUCGCCCUUUUUGAAAACUACCAUCACACACGCGGCUGCCGCUUCAACAGGCAUCACCGUCCAAAACAUCAGAUCAGUACAGUCUCGUUGUCAUUGUCGUUGUCGUUGUUAUAACAGCAUAUAUAAUACAUAAUACCGGGUAUAAAGUCACAGUCAGCCAGCCAGCUACCAACCGGCCAGUCAGUGUUGUGUGGUGUGCUGUGGUAUGAUGUGAUGUGGUGCAGUGUAUGAGAUAGUUAUGGUUUAACAACUACAACAUCCAGCUUAACGUGUACAUAUUGUAAAGAGUAAAGGGGUUAAAAGUGUAAGCUGGUGCUGGUGCUGGUGCUGGUGCUUUUGUUGCUGUCGUUGCUCUGGCAGUGGAAGAAGAAGAGGAUCGUGAAGGUGGAGGGGCCUGGGGCAGACGAGGACGAGGAAGAGGACGAAAAAAAGAAGAAGAAAAAGGUGCCGGUUAAUUGGAAAAUACUGGAUUCGAAAGAGAAUAAAUACAUCAGUAAAUUUAUAAUCAAACAUUUAGUCUGUGAAGUUUUAAUAAUUGCCACUGGGAAUAGCUCCAGGUAGAUUAUAUCAUGUCGAGCAAGAGUCUGUUAUUGACACCUAUUCAUUUUUAUUAUUAAUUGGUAUUUCAUGAUAAUCCAAUGUUCGCUGAUUCCCCAGAUGGGUAAGACAAGAACAAUGUAAGUUUAUGUGCUGUUUGUGAUAGUAAAUAACUAAUACGGUAUUUAUAUAACAUUAUUUAUUAUAACAAUAAUAAUAAUAAUAAUAAUAUAUUUUGGCGAUACUCACGGGCGUUUAUUCACUCGUGGGUGUUGUAAUAUCUAGCCAGAUAAUUGGUAGUAAUAUUGUCGACAAUAAAUAUUACUGCUAUUAAUAGUUAUAUUAUCGUCUAACAAUAAAAGUGGGUGGUUUUGAGUGUAGAAGAGUAAGAACAGUAAGGAGUAGCCUCGUGAAUGGGCUCGUGUGUGAGUGUCAUGGGGUGUUUCGGCAGUCAGAGUAGUAAAGCUAGCCAGGAUGAUAGCAGGAAUCAGAAGAGGCGUUCAGACGCUAUUACGAAGCAAUUGCAAAAGGACAAGCAGGUUUACAGAGCCACCCACCGGCUACUGUUACUUGGAGCGGGUGAGUCUGGUAAGAGUACUAUCGUCAAACAAAUGAGGAUAUUGCACGUCAAUGGCUUUAGUGAAACGGAAAAGCGACAAAAAAUAGAGGAUAUCAAGAAAAACAUACGCGAUGCUAUCGUGACGAUAACAAGUGCUAUGAGCACAUUGACGCCACCUGUGACGCUCGAGGAUCCAUCAAAUCAAAGCCGAGUUGACUACGUGCUGGAAGUAUCGUCUUCCCCAGACUUUGAUUACCCUCCGGAAUUUUAUGAAAUCGUUCAGACGCUAUGGAAAGACCGGGGUGUACAGCAGAGUUUUGAAAGGAGUAAUGAGUAUCAGCUUAUCGACUGCGCUAAGUAUUUUUUAGAUAAGGUUGCCAUUGUAAAAAAACCAGACUACUCACCAACUGAACAGGAUAUCUUAAGAUGUCGUGUUCUUACUUCGGGUAUAUUUGAAACACGGUUUCAAGUCGACAAAGUAAACUUCCAUAUGUUUGACGUCGGUGGGCAACGAGAUGAAAGGAGAAAAUGGAUCCAGUGUUUCAAUGAUGUAACAGCAAUAAUAUUCGUUACUGCUUGCAGUAGUUAUAAUAUGGUACUCAGGGAAGACCCGACAAAAUUGAGAUUAAGAGAAAGUCUUGAUUUAUUUAAAAGUAUUUGGAAUAAUCGAUGGCUUCGAACGAUAUCAGUAAUAUUAUUCUUAAAUAAACAAGAUUUGUUAGCUGAAAAAGUGAAAGCUGGCAAACACAAAUUGGAGGAUUAUUUUCCGGAAUUUUGCCGUUAUCAAACCCCAGUUGAGCCUGGAGUUGUUGCGGAACCAACGGAACCACCUGAAGUGAUACGAGCGAAAUAUUUCAUCCGAGAUGAAUUUCUUCGCAUCAGCACAGCCAGUGGAGAUGGUAAACACUACUGCUACCCUCACUUUACGUGCGCAGUCGACACGGAAAACAUCAAGAGAGUAUUCAAUGACUGUCGUGACAUAAUUCAACGUAUGCAUCUGCGUCAAUAUGAGCUCUUGUGACUUGAUUCCUGCCGUUGCUUACAGUUAGUGUCGUCUGCCCAACUUAAAUUAUUUUCCAUACCCGGUCCUCUCUCCAUUGCCUCGAAUUAAAACAAAAUAUAAUUAUUAAUUAAUGAAUGACUAAAUAAAUAAUUAUAAUAAACAAUAAUAGCAACACAAAAUAAAAAAAAGAAUAAAAUAAAUAACGCCAAAUAUCUAGGCAACUAUUAUAUUAUUAAGUCGAGAUAAAAGUACCUUCGAUUUAUUGAUACAGAAAAAUAAAUCAAUAAGGAGAGAAUAAGAGAAAGAGAGAGAGAGAAAGAGCGAUGGAAAAAUAACAAUAAUAAUAAUAAUAAUUUUAUUAUUAUUAUUAUUAUGAUAGUUAAAAAAAUUAAUUAUAAUUGCGUACAUGUAAAAACAAUUAAUACACAUUGAAUGUACGAGCAGUCAUGAGUCAAUGUCAUUCUUGGCAUAUUUAAUUACAUCUUUAAAUAAUAAUAAUAAUAAUAAUAAUAAUAUUAAUAUUAUUUUAAAAUAAUUCAUCUUGUCUCCGAAGAGAAAGCUUUACCAAAUCAAAUUAAUAAUGGAGGGUUAAAUUUAAAGAAAUAAAAAUGAAUUAACCAAUUCCUCUCCUUGGUCGGCCGGCAGAUAUUUUAUAUCAAAAUUUAUCUCUUCGUUAUUUAAAGCUUAUUUUAUUGUAAGUAGGUAUUUAAAUUUAAUUGAACGUAUAUGUUUUAUUACAUGCAAUAUUUGUAUUAUAGAGGCUUACCGAGAAGCAAAAAAAAAUUAUUUAUUUUUAAUUGUCAUACUAUCUCAGUUACUUUUUUUUUUUCUUUUAAAUCCCACUUAACACACUGUGAUUCGUUACCUCGUCGAACAAUAUUUAUAAUUUACAUGAAGAGAACUACGUGUUUUUAAAGUGGGCAAGUGGAAGUUUUAUUGAUUGAUAUUUUAUAAUUAUAUACUUGCAAAUUAAAUUAAUUAAAAUAAAUUAUUUGUGUGAAUGUAUUAUAUUUUAAAGAAAAUGAUUUAUUUUUAUUUGUUGAUCGAUUUCACAUCAAAGUUACUGUUAUAUUAAUUUCAUUAUUUGACAUUGUUUUUGUUUUUUGAAUAAUUAUUUGACUCCUUCGAAGUGAAUGUAAAAUAAUAUACUGAAUUAAUAAUUAUAUGAUUAUUAUAAAUAUGAAUCUCCUGUUUCCAAACAUGUAACACUGCGUUUCUUAUACCAUUGAAUCUCUGUUAGCGUCUUAAAACAGUCUUCAAUAAAUUUUUUUUAUAAUAUAUACCAAACAAAACGACACAUUCACUAAAAAGUCUCGUCUUACUAUAAUAACUUUUUACAAUAAAUAAAAAAAAUAAAAAAAAAAUGAAUAAGUAUUUUGUGAGAUUUUACAGUAUUUCAGAGAGUGUUAUCAUUUUUUUUAUAAUUGUGUGUAUUUUAAUUGUAAACAGAGCGAUUGUCAAUUCAAACUUUUAAAUAAUUUAUUUAUUAUUUUACAAGUAUUUCACUUUUAAUUAUAAACGACAUUUAUGUUUUUAUAUAAAUAACUAAUUAUAUUAUUUUUUUGUUUAAAAUAUAAAUUUUGAUGCAAACGAUUAAGUCACCGGUACUGAGUGUUUGUAAAUAUGGUUUGGUAAAAAAUUAAUUAAACUAAUAAUAAGCCCACCGCCGGUCAGUUAAUAAAUGUGAAUCCUAAAAACGGUUCCAUACAUUUUGUCGAGAAUUUAUUAACUCGAAGAAGCUGAAUGAAAAAUGAACUAAUAAAGUAAAGACGAAUACAUUGUAAAUUUUAUUAAAAAAAAAAAAUUUUAUCGACUCUUCCAAAAAAUGGAAUAUAUGUGUAUGAUAAAAAACAAAAAUAUAUAUUAUAGCGAUAAUUUUUGUGUAUAGAAUGGGUAUGAAAUUGUGUACAUGUAUAAGAAUGGAGGAAUGCGUAAUUCUUUUCAAUAUAUAUAAAUGUAAUAUUUUAAACUGUUCCGCGAUAUUUUUCAUAACAAAAAAUAACACUUACGUGCGCGCACGCAUGCAAUUAAAAAUAUUAAUAACAACAGUUGAUAAUAACAAUAAAUUUAAAAAAAUGUAUUAUUACUAUUAUAAUGAUAAUAAUAAUAAUAUAAAAAUAAUAAUAAAGCGUGAUGAACCGGUCGUAAAAUUAAUUAUUGUGUAUAUGUUGAUGCCGGUUGUAAAAUGGAAUGAAAAAAAAAAAAAAAAUAUGCAAUGUGAGAAAAUUUUUAUACGUGGCAAAAUGAAUUUAAUAAUUAUCAUAAUUCAUGUAAAUUAAGUUGUAAUAAAUUAUAAAUGUUAGUUAUGCAUAUUUAAUUAAGUUUAUUCGUAUAAUAUUUAAUAUUAUAUUAUUAUCAUUAUUAUUAUAAAUACCAUCCACAAAUAAUAGAUAAAUGUAACGAAUUAUAUUUAAUAAAAUUAAAUAUAUUAUUUAAUUAAAGACAAAUAUGUAUACGGUGGUAUGAUGAGCAAGCGAGCGCGCACGAAUACGCACAUUUAUUUUCUCAAUAAUAAAUAAUAAUAUUUAUUAUUAUUGUCGUAAUUAUUAGAUGAAUGAUAACAAUUUAUCAUUUUUUAAUAACUUUGAAAUUUAUAUAAUAUUUUACGCGCAAUUUAUAAAUUUUUUAAUCCAUUUGCCGCAAUACACACGUGCAAUUCAAUAGUCUUUAAUGAAUAUUAAGUGUCAUGCCUUGUUUUUGUUUUCUUUUUUUAUAUUUAUUUACAUACUUAGGUACGAAAUGCAAGUAUUUUAUUGAAAAUAUUUUAAACAAAAAUUGUUAUUUACUUCGCGAAUAAUUAUUUAAGCAUUGUUAUUAUUCAUGAUAUAUAAUACAGAGUUUUAUAUUACAUCAUUAAACACAAUAAUGAGCUCUAAACAGUAACUAUUGAGCUGAACCCUUUAAAUGGAUCAUCAUAAAUAAUUUAAAUACUAACCAUAAAUAUUUUUAAAUAUAAUGCUAUUGUCGAUGUCACUAUCAUUAAAGCAAAAAAAAAAAUAAUAUUAAUGGAACAUA